AUGGUUACAAAAUAUAAAGAUAUACAAAUUGCUACAUUUAGUUAUAAUUCUGAGAAUAAAUGUAUAGUUAUUAGUGAUAUAUUUGAAAAUAAAAUAGGAUUAUAUUUGAAAAGAAAUGGGUUAAAACCAAAAAUAAUUAAAAAUUAUACAUUUACUGAUAGACGUUUUUUGAUGAGAAAAGAUAAAUCCUUAUGGUCAGGAAGAAUAAUAUUAUUAAAUAAUGGUUCUAUAGAAGGUUUAGAAGUUAUUAAUACAGGAAGAUAUACUAUAUUUGGUGAUGAUGGAACAGAUAUAUGGUGUAAUUAUUUUGGUUGUCCAUUAUUAGUACAAUGUAAAUUUCAGUCUGUUUGUGAUAUUUGUAAAUUAAAAAGGAAAAAAUGUAGUCAUGGAUAUUGGAAAAAGGAAAUAAUAAAAGAUAUUAAGAAACUUGAUGAUAAAUUAUCUGAAUAUAAAGUAGAUGUAUUUGGUAUAUUUGUUAUUAGUGAAGAUAUAAUGAUUUGUGAAGAGAUUAAAAAUAUGAAGUUUAAGAAUAUCAUGAAAGUUGUUAAUUUUUACGAUGGAUCUAAAAAAAAUCAAAAUAUUGAUGAAUCUUUUGAUGGGUUAAAGAAUCAGAUAGAUAUGUUAGGUAAAAAACUAUUACAGAAAUCACAAAUGAUGGAUUGGUGCAUUAAUUUAGUUGAAGAUAAAUGA